ACAUAAUGAACCGUUACUUUUGUAUGACAUCAGCCUUCCCUUCCCUUUUUCAAAAUUCAUUCUCCGUUUUAAAGUUUGUUUGUGAAAACCACAGUCUUCACAAGUUGCAGCCACCAACCACGAUCAUUUAACAAUUUUUUAAAAGAAAAUCGAAAAGAAUUUGACAGGUAUUGAGUGGGGUCUUCAUCAGCCAAGAUGUCGUACAUGUUGCAGCAUCUCCACAAUGGCUGGCAGGUGGACCAGGCCAUAUUGUCGGAGGAGGAUCGGGUGGUCAUCAUCCGCUUCGGCCACGACUGGGACCCCAGCUGCAUGGUCAUGGAUGAAACUUUGUACAAGUGUGCCGAGAAAGUGAAGAACUUUGCUGUGAUAUACUUGGUGGACAUUUCUGCAGUUCCAGAUUUCAACAAAAUGUACGAGUUGUAUGACCCCUGCACCUCCAUGUUUUUCUACAGAAACAAGCACAUCAUGAUUGAUUUGGGUACUGGCAACAACAACAAGAUCAACUGGUGUAUGGAGGAUGUUCAGGAGUUUAUUGACAUUGUGGAGACAGUGUACCGGGGCCCGAGGAAAGGGCGAGGUUUGGUUGUGUCACCAAAAGACUACUCUACCAAGUACAGAUACUGACAGCUUUCACAAUUGCAUUACCGGUAUAUGUAUCAUAAAGUGUCAUUGGUCAUUUGUUUCGCUAUUCAUGUUUCACCAACAUUGAUACAAGUUACCACAUUCAGAGUGCUGCAGUGGCCAUGUAAUGAAAAAUAGACAGUUUCUUGAAGUGAAAUGCCAUUAGAAAUGUGUAAACAUCAAAUAGCCCAUAAGUUAACCAUAACAAAGGUUGUUGUCAGUAAUGACUUAUUAAGCAUAUAUAUUCACAUCCCAUGCACAUAAUAGAUAAAGUGAAGGUUUCCAUUGCCAUAAACACUAACCAUCAGAAGUUCUCAAGUUAUAUAUCAUUGAAAAGUUGAGAAGCAGUGUAGUUUCUCAAUUGUGAAGGCAGACUGUACAUUACAAUCUGAGGCCCUGUUCAACACAUAGACAUUUGUUUCGCAAUGCCAUCUGUUGCCAUGGUAACGGACAACAUCAGGAAAGACUAAUUAUUAUGAUUGUCGUAUUGUCUGGGACAGGAAAUAAACAUGUUGUGCUA